CACCUACAAUCUGGCAACACUUACUUUGUGUAAGACGUGAUGGCGUGCUAAUUUGCGUUUGUUAUGAUUUUGUUCUCGAGCCAAUAUUUAACUAAAUAUGGACUUAAUUAACUCCAGGAGAUCAGAACGAUGAUAAAAAUGCAUUAACGUUAUGAAUUUGUCUAAAUAGAAGAAUAAAGUUUUCAAUUAGAAUAUUUUAAUUGAAUUGCUGUAAUUUAAGCAAAGUAAAAAUGACUUCAAUCAUAAGACCGCUUUGUAAGAUAAAUGCAUGUAAAUCUUGGAUAUUCAGAAGUCUGCAUUAUAAUAGGAAUUUAUUAAGAGUUGAGUACAGAAUUGCUUCUCUUCCUGCAAAAUCUGAUCUACAACAUCGAAAAUAUAACAAGGCUAACAAGUUUGGACAUAAAAGACCUGGACCUCAUUCGUCAUUGAGUUGGAUAUAUUGUACUGUGAUUUUGUCCUUACUUGUUGGACCACUUAUCAACAUAGAAUGGGUCAAGUCUAUACUACCCGAUAUAGAAAGCUUAAAGAAAAAUUUUAAGAUUGAUGCAGCUUCCGUUUUAUCGGAUGAUAAAAAUAAUGAAGAAAUAGUAGAAGGAGGGAAAGAUUCUCAAGAAAUUCAAAAAAUAAAAGAAGAAAAACCGAAGAAAAAGAAAAAAGAAAGACCAGGGUUUCGAGAUAGAAAAAUAAUUGAAUACGAAAACAGGAUACGUGCAUAUUCGACACCAGAUAAAAUAUUUAGAUACUUUGCCACAUUAAGGGUUUAUAACGAACAUGGUUACUCUGAAAUAUUUAUGACUCCUGAAGAUUUCCUGCGAUCAUUAACUCCUGGUGUAAAACAACCCGAAGGUCUGGGACUUGAUCAAUUUAAAAGAAUCGAUAUCAAAAGUGAUACGCCAAGUCGCAGAUUUACUUCAGAAACCGGACAUUAUUCAGAGACUUCAAAAACACAUUCUCUAGUACAGAAUGAAGACAGCAUAUUCUACAAACUGGGAACAGCGGGACUUAUUGGUUUUUCCGAAUAUAUAUUUUUAUUAACCAUACUUUCAGCUUCCAAGCGUCAUUUUGAAAUUGCUUUCAGGAUGUUUGAUCUCAAUGGCGAUGGGAACGUGGAUUAUGAGGAAUUUGAAAAGGUACAGAGAAUCAUCCGUAAUCAAACUAGUGUCGGAAUGAGGCACAGAGAUCAUGCAAAUACCGGAAAUAUAUACAAAGGUUUCAGCAGUGCUCUGGCGACUUACUUUUUUGGUGUCAACCUGGACGAAAAACUUACGAUCGAAAAUUUCUUACUGUUUCAAGAGCAGUUGCAGAAGGAAAUUUUAACGUUAGAGUUUCGAAGAAAAGAACCAAAUGAAGAGGGUAAGAUCCGAGAGAUAGACUUCGCAGAUCUGUUGCUGACUUAUGCCGGAAUGCCAGAAAAAAGAAAAUUAAAAAUGCUGAAAAGGGUGAAAAAAGCAUUCAAACAAAGCACGAAGGGCAUCUCCCUGGACGAUUACCUUCGAUUCUUUCAUUUCUUGAACAACAUUGCAGACGUAGACACUGCACUCACUUUCUAUCACAUUGCCGGUGCUUCGAUAGAUGAAGGUAAGCAAACAAUCUUUAUAGAAAUAAGUUAUAAAUAACAGAAUUCCUACAUC